AUGAAGGAAGUGACAGAGUUCAGCUGAGUAGGAAGCAGCCAUUUUAGCCCCACAGCUUAUGUAUUUUGCUGCUUUCAACCAUGAAGCACAGGCAAAAAGACAGUUGACGACCGGCUUGUGUCUCUACCAGACUGACUGUGGAAAUACAAAUACCAUGGUGACGCUGAAUCACUUGAGUGUAGAGGACCCAGAUGAUGGCUCUCCACUGCUCCCUGAGGCUGCAGAGGCUCCAACACCAACACCUGUCUCUCACAGACAGCGAGUGGUCACAAAGACUGCCUCUAAGGAAUUUUUCGCUCACAGAAGGGAGAACUUCGCCAUCAGUGUUCUGCUGCUGAUCGGAUGCUACUCAGCUAUUCUGAUUCCUGCAUAUUUUCCCUUGGAUAUGGUGGCAACCCCCAGUAAUGACUACCUAAAUCCCAAAGAUCUGGGCUUGUUAAAUCGGUCAGCCUCCCUGCUGUCAGAUCCUUGUCAGCCUCGCUGGUGUCUGGACCACCUCAAGCCCCUGUCCUGUUCUGCAGGCCUCCUGGACAUCCCUGUGUUUGUGCAGCAGGACACGCCGUGGAAUCUGUCCCCUCCUCUGGGUCUCCAGGGCAGUGAAGAGCAUCUGGCGCUAGCUCUUGCCUCUCUUCCUCAGCCUGGCCUGCCUCCAUCACUGAAGAGGGAAGGCAGCUGCAGGCAAUGCGUGGUGGUUGGCAGUGGAGGGGUUCUUCACGGGAGCCAUCUUGGAUCCCAUAUAGACCAGUAUGACAUCAUUAUCAGGCUGAAUAAUGCUCCAGUGGAUGGCUUUGAGCGAGAUGCUGGUUCACGCACCACCAUCCGCCUGAUGUACCCAGAGGGAGCCCCUCAUUCUGCAAAUGAGUACAAAAAGACCGCCAUGGUGGCUCUGGUGGUUUUUAAGAGCCUGGACCUGGACUGGCUCACUUCUGUCAUCACCAAGCAGCCUCUGAGCUUCUGGUCCAAAAUGUGGUUCUGGAGGGAGGUGGUGGAUGAUAUUCCUCUGACACCAGAGAGCUUCAAGAUCCUCCACCCUGAGAUUAUUCAUAAGACGGGACAAGUCUUACAAACAUAUACUCUGAAACAGGGAAAUAUGGUGCCAACACUAGGUGCCAGUGCAGUGGUGCUGGCUUUGCAGCUGUGUGACCAGGUCAGCCUGGCAGGGUUUGGCUAUGAUAUGCAGCAUCCAGGGGCCAGACUUCACUACUAUGAGGCCAUACGCAUGGACGCCAUGAAGGCUCAAGUGGUGCACGACGUCAGUGCUGAAAAACGUUUCUUGAGGGAUCUGGUGUCUGCAAGAGCUGUGACUGACCUCACAGGAGCUCUGUGAGUCCAAGGCUGAUCCUAUACUGAGCUCAGCAUGCACUCCCCCUUCUUCCUGUAAGGAGUCCUCCAUAAUGUGCCCUGUUUGAAGAAUCCUAAACAGAGCGGAUUGAUCUUUAAAGUGCUCAGUGAGCACAUAAAACUCUAAUUGCUAUGAUGAUCGUAGAGACUAACUUCUCAUUCCUAUUCAAUUACCUUAUUAACCCCUGAAUCCCAAUCAUUCUCCUUCACCUCAAUAGAAGCAGCACAAUCAUGGGUAAAACUCAAACAUGUCUUUUGUGCAGUAUGACACAGUUAUAAUGCCAUGAAUCAAAAAAAUAAUAAUAAAAUCUGAAUUUAAAAAAAGAUUGAAUUAACAUGUAAAACAUUUUUCCUAGUGCCCACAGAUGUUAUCAAUACUGGGAAAAAAUGGCAGUCCUACAUACUACAGCUAUUUCACAAUAAAAGCCUGCAAAUUGCAGUUCAGCCGAAAAUCUCAGAUUUUUUUGUUGGAAUUUUUAGUUUUUCACAGAAAAUUCUCUCAGAAUUCAUGCAAAUGAUUUAUCUUUGGAAUUUGAAAAAAAAUAGACCUGUGGAACUGAGUUUUUGAUUUUGAUGAAACACCUCAAUUUGAAGCUUAUAUUAGUUGAAAUUUACAGAUGGAACCACACUGCACACUUAAUGUGUUUAAGGGCCAUUGGAUUGUUGAAAAUGUGUUUCUUUCUUUUUUUGGCUAUGAAAAACGGUGUAAUAUUGGCAAUUUCAGAAAGAUAACAUGCUUCUCAAACUUGCCGGAAGGGUUUAACGAUUUAGAGGAUUAAUUCACCAGCUGUUACAAGUAUAGUAAUUGUAGGCGCAGUAAUUAUGUCAUUACAAACAGGAAUGCAAUGUUUAAUGGUUCAUGCAGCCAAUUCUGUUUACAAAAACUCAAUAAACAAGUGAAUCUGA